GGCGCCUGCGACCGCCGCUCGCUCGGCCGCCAGCUGCGGUGUCGUGACUGUGACCGAGGACGUGACGGUGACCGCGACCGUGACCGUGACCCGAGCGCGUCUCCAGGGUUCCGGCUGUAUGCGUGUGCGCGCGUGUGGAGGUGGUGAGGCCGAUGGCCAGGACUAGCACGUCCCAGCCACAAAUGGGGCUCUUGCGAGGCCUGUACCGCCUGCUGGUGACUCUGAUGCUGGUUCACGACGGAGUGACGGUGCUGCAGUCGGCCGACGAGCCGCCGUCCCGGCCGCCAUGGCAGCGGCCCUCCAUGCUGCAGCCUGUCUUCCUCAACACCAGCACGCUGCACGUGGUGUCGCCCGCCGGCCGGCCUGCUCACCUACACUGCAAAAUACAGCACCUAGGCGACAAGACGGUGUCGUGGGUGCGCAAGAGUGACCUACACAUCCUGACCGUGGGCCUGUUUACCUACACCACCGACAAGCGCUUCCUGGCGCUUCACUCGGACGGCACGCAGGAGUGGACGCUUAAGGUGCUGGCGCCGACGCUCGACGACAGCGGCGUGUACGAGUGCCAAGUCAGCACCGAGCCCAAGAUUAGCCUGCCCUUCCAGCUGCAUGUGGUCGUUCCCAGGGCGCGGAUCCUGGGCAACCGGGAGCAGCACGUCAACUCUGGCAGUGACGUUAACCUGACCUGCCAUGUCAGCCACGACACCAGCUCCAUCUAUUGGUACCACAACGGCCGCGUCAUCAACUAUCGGGGUCAGGAGCGACUGCACCUUGAGUCGAGCCACACCUUCAGCAGGCUCCACAUCACCGGCGUGGCGUCGUCGGACUCGGGGAACUACACGUGCGACCCGGCCGGCACCGUCCCCGUCUGGGCGGUCCUGCACGUCAUCAAUGGCGAACAUCCGGCGGCCAUGCAGCACAACGCGGCGAACGGCACGAGGUUCGACUGGCCCCUGGCGGUGAUGGUGGUGCUGCUGCUGCUGACGGGGCGGCCCCUGCUGCGGUGAGCCGCCGCUCAGCGCCCACA